CGUUUCGGAAGGAAAGUGUUUACAUGAACACCUUCCUCUUACGUUUUCUCUCUACUAGUCACAGCAGCGAAAGUUAUGAGAGAUGCGGAGUGUGAAAUUGGGAGCCCGCUGUUGGCGCGUCUUUCAGAAGCACAGCUUUUUCCCCCUUGCCUCUGACUGUAUCCAUUUACCUUCUCUCAAUGUAUUACCAGUUGCCUUUUGGUGGUCUCCUCAACACCUAGAUUGCAGAUUAAUUGCUACCAGGUCUUUUGUGCAAAGCAAAACAGGCUUGCCCCCUCAUAGGUCUAACUAUGAAUGCUCUCCAAAGCCCCGAGAAACUUUAAUUACUACACCGGUAGAAGUAGUAAAAGCAACUGAUGUGGACCAUUUGAAGCUAGGGGAGGCCACAAAUUCAUAUGUUAGUCUGGGAUUCAGUCCUGCUCAGAUAACACAGCUAUUCAGCUUGCAGCUGGAUGUACCAUUUCAGUCAAACUUGACUACAAUUUCAGAGUUAGUCCUACUGGGUUUAAGCACUAACACAAUACUGAAGACCCUAGAAAAGAAGCCUGAACUGCUGAGAAUGUCACCAAAACAUUUGAAGGAACGUGCCGAUCUUCUGAGGAGACUUGGCUUAGAUGCAGAAAGCCUUAACCACGUGGCAGUUCAUUUUCCAAGUAUCCUUACGUUGCCACACAAGAGAAUCAAGGCCCUAGAACAUCUCCUUAAGGAAAAAUGUCUUUUCACAAUGGCACAAAUAUCAAAAAUUCUACGAACGUGUCCACAACUCCUAUUAGAAGAGUUAAAUGAUGUAGAAUACAAAUUCCAGUUUGCCUAUUUCAGGAUGGGAAUUAAACAUGCAGAAAUAGUGCAGUCUGGUUUCUUCCAAGUACCACUGGCUGAAAUAAAUAAACGAAUAAGUUUUUUGGAGCGCUUGGGAUGCUAUCAAACUCCUGAUAAGAAAGGACAGACCCAAAUUGUCAAUCCCAAACUGAAAAGAAUUAUCAGAGCAUCUGAACAGGAUUUUGUGACUGAAAUAGCCUGCUCCUCAAUUGAAGAGUAUGAGAUCUUUAAGAAGUUGCUGGCCUAUGAAGAAGAGCAGAGGAGGAAACAGGAAGAAGCGAUGGAAGAAUUAUCAGAUUCAGAGAAUGAUGGUGAAGGGUCUGAUUCUGAAUAAUUUUGCAAUUAGUUUCAGCUGUCUGGUACUAUAGAAGCUGCUCAACUAUUCAAUCAGCUUUCUUAGGGAAUGAACAUGUAAUGAAGAUGAGGUGGCUCCAUGGAAAGGAUGAAAUUUGGAAUUAAUUCCUAGUAACUGUAUAGAGGGAUGUUCUUCCUAUUUUUUUCUCCACUACUAUGCUAUUUUGUUAAGAACAUCUGUACAUUUAUAGUUCUGUAGAAUAAAUGAGAAGUGGGAGUA